UUUCACGAAGCAAAACCAGUAUACGUUUAUAGCGUUUUAUGAUUCCCGCUUACAUAGGGCAGGGCCUAACUUUCUUUUUCUAUUACAUUGUGCCGUUAGCGCUAAAUCCCACUGGGUUUAUUAGAAACGUUUUUCUGCUUUUUAUUUCCAGUGUGCUUUGUGUCAUCCGCCUAUGAGAAAGUUCUGCUACGAAGCCCUGUUUGCUUCAGAGCUCGUCAGUCAGUCGACGAGACUACACGGAUGCUGAAGUCUACUAAAAGUAACCAGUAAGUUCCUGUGGAAUUUAGAGGAAAAAAGAGAUAUCAUAUUCAUGCAGUUGGAAAGAGAUAAAUACCUGGCGUGAUAAUGUAUGUGUGAUCUCAUUCAUCCUACAACAGUGUCAUUUACUACUGAGAGAAGCGAAGUUUUAUUAAUAAGUCUAUAGCGAUCCAGCGUGUGGUGUCUCCGCGCUCUACAGUGAGGCGGAGUGUUGAGAGCCGAGUAUCAUUGGAUCAAUAUACAGGAAUAAUAGUUUCUUUGCCAAGCUAAGGUGAGCCCGAUGGAAAACGCUUUCAUUUGGAUUACACUGUCGACAAUACCUAAUACCUAUUAUUCAAUAAACAACUCUAGCUAAAUGUGCUCAUAUGGAGAACGUUUGUUUCAAAGCUUUCAAUGGUUUCGUAAAUCGGAAACAUGGAAUUACACAGACUUCUCUGUAGAUACUAUAUUCUAUUCUUCUGGAUUAUUCUCGACUGCUCACUUUCAAUAGGUUUAAGCCGAAAAAAAGCGUCGUUCAAAAAAGCUGCCGGCCGAACAGUGCGUCGUCAGGCAAUCACAGAGUUUGUCCCAGUAGGGCGGAGAAAUAUAACGGUCCAUAAAGGGGAGACGGUUGUCCUUAAGUGUACCAUCAAAAAUCUGGGGCCAAGAGAGGUUGUAUGGCGGAAGGUGUCAGAGGACUUUCCCCUUUCCAUAGGAACUCAUAUGUAUGCUCCAGUCGAUGAGAUGUCCGUAGAUUUUAAACGUGCAGGCAAAUAUAGAACGCGCUGGGAUCUGAUCAUUAAACGUACAAAACCAAGUCAUUCGGGCAAAUACGAGUGUCAGAUAGUUUCAAAAGAAUUAAAGACAUAUCACAUUAAUCUGGUGGUUUUAUCUACUGAAAAGCCAAUAGUGACAGGAGAAGAAAGAUCUUCUUUUGAGGAGCCUCCUAAUAGAGCAGCUAUAGAGAUAACCGGUGCCGUCUUUAUCAAUAUAUACCAGAAGCUGAACUUGACAUGUAAUGCCACGGGCAUGACAAGGGCGCCGGCGGCGGUCGAUUGGUUCCAUGACGGUCACAUAAUCAACUCAAGCGAUAAAAAAUAUGCCAACCGACUGAUGAUAUUGAACAAGGUCCCCGAGGUUCCCGGGAGGUCACUCAUUAGCACACUUAUCAUAGAACGCUGCACGGAUGCCGACAAGGGCAGUUAUGUGUGUCGCAGCUCGGACCUGGACACAACCAGUAAAACCGUACAUAUUUUAAGCGCAGUGGAAAAGAAUGUAGCAAAGCGUAAUGAUGAUAAAAAGGAUUUGGAGAAAGAUCCCGUAUUGCAGCAAACUAGAGCGAGAGGGAACAGCGGCACGCGCCAAUUACAUUCUACUUCUGUUUUCUUAGUGACAUUAUUAAUAAGUGUUAUAUCGGCUAUUACGUGACAGAUAAGAUCAUUUGAUAGAAUCCCACGCGCAUUAGAUUUAACGCGGGAAAUAACCUUGGAUUUUAGCGACAAAUUCUGAUACAACUGUGCCUUAACGACAUCAAAUCCACGAAUCUGCCUGUUUUUAUGAUGUAACGACAAGCUGUUGGUGUGACGUCACCAAUGAACAGGCAUGUUAGGACGGACCUGGAACGGACCGCGGACUGAAGUUGUGUUAUUGUUGCUAUGGACAACGCAAGUGAUACAACUUACACUGUAGUUUGACAUGUACAUCGUAUAUGUUCUUUGCAACAUCACCUCCAACAAACUGCUAGGUCAAAGAAAUUUUCGUCAAUACCUGUAUAUAGUGUAAUAUAAAAUUGUAUAGAAAUCUUCUGUCUGUGGAGAAACAUGGAGGAUGUAGAUAUGUGGUAGACAAGACAUACUUGGUAAAGAUGUACAUUUGUAUAUAGUUAUAUUUAUUUACGUUAAAUAUAUAUAUAUAAAUAUUAUAUAUAUACGAGUGAAAUCCACGACACAGUAUGUGUACGUACCAAUUAAAGUGUCUAUAGACCACAGAUAUGACGUCAUAGAUCACAGUGAUAAAUUUAAGAUCACAUAACGUGAUAGAUCACAGAUAUAAAGCGAGAGAUCACAGAUGAAACGUUAUACGUCACAGAUAUAACGUUAUACGUCACAAAUAUGACAUAAUGUAUCACAGAUGUGACGUGAUAUAUCACAGAUAUGACGUUAUAGAUCACAGAUAUGACGUUAUAGAUCACAGAUGUGACGUAAUGUAUCACAGAUAUGACGUUAUAGAUCACAGAUAUGACGUUAUAGAUCACAGAUGUGACGUUACAGAUCACAAAUAUGACAUAAUGUAUCACAGACGUAAUGUAAUAUGCUACAGAUACAACGUUUCAACGUUUUAAUAGAACAAAGAAAGGAAUCGUUUAAAUCCAUACAACAAAAAUAAAGAAAGAAAGAAAUCAAUAACCAAGAAAUGAUUUCUGAACUAUUUACUCAAGCAUGGAUUAGUGAAGUACAAUACAGAAUCUAUCUACGAAUUUGGCCGACGAUUUAUAUAUUUUAUAAGAAAACAAAAUCUGUCGAUUUUAUACAUUUAGAGUUUGAAACAUCUAAAUCACAAGCAUCGCUACUGAAGAACUGGGCCUCAGGCGGUGAAUUAAGUGUUCUGUGGUUUAUAGCAUCGAUAUUAUAGUGACAUUUUGUGAUAGAUUUAGGAACAAUCCUGUAAAAAUCCUUGCCCAUCACCUGUACAGAUGUCGUCGUCAAAUGUACAGAUGUCGUCAUCAUAUGUACCGAUGUCGUCGUCACCUGUACCGAUGUUGUCGUCACCUGUACCGAUGUUGUCGUCACCUGUACAGAUGUCGUCAUCAUAUGUACCGAUGUCGUCGUCACCUGUACAGAUGUCGUCAUCAUAUGUACCGAUGUCGUCGUCACCUGUACAGAUGUCGUCAUCAUAUGUACCGAUGUCGUCGUCACCUGUGCCGAUGUCGUCAUCACCUUUACCGGUGUCGUCAUCACCUGUACAGAUGUCGUCAUCAUAUGUACCGAUGUCGUCGUCACCUGUACAGAUGUCGUCAUCAUAUGUACCGAUGUCGUCACCUGGACCGAUGUCGUCAUUACCUGUACGGAUAUCGUCAUCACCUUUACCGAUGUCGUCAUCACCUGUACAGAUGUCGUCAUCAUAUAACCGAUGUCGUCGUCACCUGUACAGAUGUCGGCAUCACCCGUACCGAUGUCGUCACCAGGGUCAGACGAUGUUAGGUUGGAAACAUUUAUACUCGUUCGCGUACAUUUAUGGUUUUAAUACUUAUACAAUAAAAUGUACAGACCUGAUAUCAGAGCAGUAUCAUGCGACGUGUCACUGAGUGCGCGACGUGUCACUGGGUGCGACGUGUCAGUGAGUGCGCGACGUGUCACUGAGUGCGACGUGUUACUGAGUGCGACGUGUCAAUGAGUGCGCGACGUGUUGCUGAGUGCAACGUGUCACUGAGUGCGCGACGUGUCACUGAGUGUGACGUGUCACUGAGUACGAUGCAGACAUAAUCAUUGUUAUAAAUCUACGAUUCCAUUCCAAAUCCUAUCUUACAACGACGGGUUUAUUUAUGUUACUUGCUGUCUUUAAAACGCUGGAUAAGGAUGGUCAAAUCUAUUUAGGUCAUCGGUCCCCUCUCUGACAGUAGUAAACUUCCUGGUUGUGAAUAAAGGUACUCCAGCACCAAAAGAUUUAACUGUCUCCAGAGGAGGAGACAAGUAACUCCGAAUCACUCAGUAUACAUUUUCAAAAAUGGCAGGUAUAGCGUCUACAUCAGUAAUAUGUUGCAAUACAUACUACGGACCUUCACAGAAUCUCCUUCGUAAAUCUUUGAAUUAAUCCAUUCGUUGUACAAAUAUUUAAUUAAUUCGUGCAAAUAUGUGCGUACUCGUUUCAUAUAGAAACUUCAUUUUUGUUUGUAAGAGUUCGGAUAUUUACAUCAUCAUUAAAGAAGAUGACGUCAUUUUAUUGUUUUCCCUGUUAGAUGAAUGUGUGUAGUACAAUGUUAUUUACGUCACUGAAGAAGCAUUCCAUGUCGACAGCAGUAUCCGAAUUUAGAAGUUUGUAAGAAAGGUAAAUAGUUAUGUGUAUGAGUUAUAGGUAGUUGUUUUGAAUGUGUUUGGAGAAUGUAAUCAGGAGUAUGUGAGGAAUAUCAAACUGGAUAGUGUUAUGAUCUGUGUUACUGUACGUAACACAUAUUAAAUAUUGUUUUACCAUGUCCAAUAGCGUGUCUUUGUGACAAAUUCUUAAAUUAUCUUAGUCAAUUUCUUGCUCACAGAAAACGAACCUUCAGAAAGUAAAACCCGUUAUAUCUUAUUUUUUACGGCUAGUUACUACGUCAUAAAACUUCGUUUUCAAGAUAGUGUCAUGUAUUCCUUUUUACGAUACAGAUUUCAAUUAAUUUCUUUUCGCCAAUGUUGCUGCACUUUCGUCUAGUUGCAUUUAAAUGCAACAGUACAAGAGCGGAAACACAACAAGUGUUUAGGAUAUUUGGCGUGUAUUUAUACCAAAAUGUAUCAUUGUGUAGAAAACAGAAGCCGGUGUAAAUUGUAAAAAUUGCUAAACAAAUUUGCUUUUUGUUUCUUUGUGCACAGAAAAUAUAAUUACCAGCGGUGCAAAUUUACGAUUGCUACGCGAAAAUUUCUCUCUCGCAUUUUAAAGCAAACUCGUGUAUAUUUGUUGGCUUUAACUAAGUAAUUCUCAUAUAGUAAAAAUAUUCAUGGUAUGUAUUUUUCAAAUUAUUAUUUUCUGUCUGCGGGUUUUCGACAAUGAACGACUUGGCACACGACUUGUAUCGACUUGUAAUGCUGUAACGUAGCCCUUCGCAACACACAUCGUUUUGCUUACAUUCAUAGUCUCUAUAUAGUAACAUUAAAAGAUCAGUCUACUGUACAAAUGUUUGAUUUUUAACGUUCUAUAGAUAUCAAUCUGAUUAAAAAUAGGAAAGAUAACAAAUCCGCUGAUUCUGUUAAACACUGAAAUAAUAAUGUAAUAUCUCAAAUGUUUAUUUACAUAUAUGCAAAAAAAAAAGAAGAAAUCUUUAUACCAUAUGUAAUGUGUCAAAUAAUCUUUAACACUGAAAUAAAUAUCAACAUAUUAACGAGUAGAUUUUAAUGUAAAUAUUUUUUUUUCACAUUUUGAAUCAGUCUAAAUAUAUUUACAUAACAUCAAUGCACCUAAAUAUAUAACAACAUUUUUCGUGGUUCAUUCAUUGUAAAUAUAUACAGAAUUCGACAUGAAAACAACAAGUUUCAUUUAAAUGAUUUCAAUUGCCUAAUGAAUCGUUCGUCUUGACCAUCUCUCUUAGUCCCUCGAUUUGCAUGAACGUUGAUCAAUAAACUAUCAUUUGAUGCGAUUUUAAUCUCAUCAAGCUUUACUUUAAGCGAUGGUCGCAUCGUUAUCUAAAAGUUAUCAUGUAUCACGGGAUCGCAUUAGUCUGUCGGUGUAUAUUUAAUUUAAGUCUUGGUAUUAUCAGUAUAAAUUGAUCCAUCGAUAUGACAUUGUUUCUCAUUUUCACUAAAUCAUCACAUGAGUCAGAUGUUGUGUUUCUUACAUGAUAUUUACAUCACCUAAGUGGUGACGUCACUGUUUGUAAUAGCAUGACAUGAUGACGUCAUUGCCGAACGGUUGGAUUGUGUGACGCUACAAUCCUGUUGUAUACGCAUGUGGCAAUGAUAUCGUUCAUCAUUGUCAUAUAAUAUUACUUCGCAUUUAUUUUAUUUGUUUAAAUCAAAGAGUUAUUUAUUGUUUAUUGUGAAAAAUAAAGAGCAAGUGUUGACAUUA